AUGACUGAGGGCAACCACUCAAUGACAACUGAAUUUAUCCUCAUGGGAUUUAUGGAUCACCCAGACAUGAAGACCCUUCUAUUUGUGAUGUUCUCUGCCAUCUAUCUGGUCACCAUGGUGGGGAAUCUAGGGUUGGUGGCCUUGAUUUACAUGGAGCGCCGUCUUCACACACCAAUGUACAUCUUCCUGGGCAACCUGGCUCUCAUGGAUUCCUGCUGUUCCUGUGCCAUCACUCCCAAGAUGUUACAGGACUUCUUUUCUGAGGACAGAAGGAUUUCCCUCUAUGAAUGCAUGGUACAAUUUUAUUUUCUCUGUCUUGCUGAGACUACAGACUGCUUUCUUCUGGCAGCAAUGGCCUAUGACCGCUAUGUGGCCAUAUGCAGACCACUGCAGUACCACACCAUGAUGUCAAUGGAACUCUGCAUUCAGAUGACCACAGGAGCCUAUAUAGGAGGGUUCCUGCAUCCUAUGGUUGAAGUAGGACUUUUGUUGAGGUUAACUUUCUGUAGGUCUCAUCAAAUCAAUCACUUCUUUUGUGAUGUUCUUCCAUUAUACAGACUCUCUUGUGUUGACCCUUAUAUUAAUGAACUGAUGUUACUUAUCUUGGCAGGGUCAAUUCAAGUCUUUACUAUUGCUAUUGUUUUAAUCUCCUAUUUCUAUAUCCUUUUCACUAUAUUCACAAUGAAAUCCAAAAAGGGAAGAGGCAAAGCUCUAUCUACUUGUGCAUCCCAUUUCCUCUCUGUGUCAAUAUUCUAUGGCUCUCUGCUCUUCAUGUAUGCUCAACCAAGUUCAGUUAAUGAAGGUGAGAAAGAUAUACCUGUAGCUAUUUUUUAUACUCUAGUCAUUCCUUUAUUAAACCCUUUUAUUUAUAGUCUAAGAAAUAAGGAAGUAACAAAUGUUAUAAAAAGAAUUAUCAAGAAGAGACAAUUUUGUAAUGUUCUGAAACAAGUAUCAUCUCCCUUGGAAAAUUGA